AUGGCUAGUUUGUUUCUUGGUGAAUUGGUUGCUUCUCAAAACAACAUAACUGUCCCAUUUGAUGUUGGAGUGAUUCUUGACUUCGAUAAAGAUGACUCGAAGAAAUCUAGUACCUCCAUGUCAAUGGCGCUCGAGGACUUCUAUGCAAAGAACAGUUUUUACAAAACAAGAGUGGUUCUCCAUACCCGAGACUCAAAGCAAGAUAUUGUUACUGCUGCUUUCAUGCCAAUGGACCUAAUAGAAAAUGUACAAGUUCAAGCCAUCAUAGGACCAGACAACUCAGGACAGGCCAAGUUCAUGGCAGAUCUUGGGGACAAAGCUCAGGUUCCUAUUGUUUCUUUUGCUGCAACAAGCCCUUCGCUUUCUUCAGAUCUUAAUCCUUUCUUCAUCCGCACUGCAUACAAUGACUCUGCUCAGGUGAAAGCCAUUGCUGCAAUUGUUCAAGCAUUUGGUUGGAGGGAAGCUGUACCUGUGUAUGAAAACAGCGAGUAUGGUAAUGGAAUUAUACCAUAUCUGGUUGAUAAUUUCGAAGCAAUCAAUACUCGCAUCCCCUACAGAAGUGUUAUAUCUCCUAAUGCCUCAGAUGAUCAAAUUCUUGAAGAGCUAUACAAAUUGAUGACAAUGCAAACUAGAGUAUUUGUUGUGCACAUGCUACCCUCUCUUGGCUCUCGCUUAUUUUUGAAGGCAAAAGAAGUAGGAAUGAUGAGUGAAGGUUAUGUCUGGAUCAUCACAGAUGGGCUGACAAAUUUCUUAAGUUCCAUGGAUCGUUCUGUUAUUCAUUCUAUGGAAGGUGUGUUGGGAGUAAAGCCCCAUGUUCAGAGAUCCAAAAAACUUGACAGUUUUGAAGUUUCAUGGAAAAAGAAAUUCUUACAAGAGAACCCAGAUACAGUCAAUGCAGAACUAGAUAUUUAUGAACUAUGGGGAUAUGAUACUGCUUGGGCAUUGGCAAUGGCAGCAGAGAAAGUUGCAGGGGUGAAUUCCAGCUCACAGAAGUCUAAACUUUCCCUGAACAUUAGCAGUGUAGAAUCUCUUCGAGUCUCUCAAAUAGGUUUGGAACUUCGAGAAGAGAUUUUAAAUACCCAGUUUGAAGGUUUGAGUGGGGAAUUUAAACUUGUUGAUGGGCAACUACAAUCAUCAAUCUUUCAAAUAGUGAAUGUAAUAGGCAGGAGUGAAAAGGAUAUAGGGUUUUGGACACCAAUGAAUGGACUUUUCCAUGAGUUGAAUGUGACCAAGACAGAGACAUAUCCAAGCUUAAAGGAUAAGAAGCUUCGUACUAUCAUAUGGCCUGGUGAUUCAACCACUGUACCCAAGGGUUGGGAGAUUCCUACAAAUGAAAAGAAGUUGAAGAUUGGAGUUCCAGUGAAGGCUGUGUUUACAGAUUUCGUGAAUGUGCAAUGGGACAAUACUAAUGCAUCCACAGUCACUGGGUACUGCAUUCAAGUGUUUGAUGCAGUAAUGGGGGCAUUACCAUAUACAGUCCCUUAUGAGUACAUUCCAUUUGCAAAAGCUGAUCACACAUGUGCUGGGACUUACAAUGAUAUUGUCUACCAAGUUUAUCUCCAGAAAUUUGAUGCUGUUGUGGGAGAUGUAACUAUUAUUGCAAAUAGAUCCUUGUAUGUAGAUUUUACACAGCCAUAUACCGAAUCCGGUGUGUCAAUGGUGGUGCCAAUCAAAGACAACAAUAGGAAUAAUGCAUGGGUAUUCUUGAAGCCUCUGAGCACAGAUCUUUGGUUAACAACUGCAGCUUUUUUUGUCUUCACAGGCUUUGUGAUCUGGGCCCUUGAACAUCGAAUAAAUGAUGAUUUUAGGGGCCCUCUUCAUCACCAAGUGGGAAUGAUCUUUUGGUUUUCCUUCUCCACAAUGGUUUUUUCACAUAAGGAGAAAGUGAUUAGCAAUCUUGCGAGAUUUAUAUUGAUUAUAUGGCUAUUUGUUGUCCUUAUCCUCACAUCAAGUUACACAGCAAGCUUGACAUCAAUGCUCACAGUUCAGCAGCUCCAACCAACCAUAACUGAUGUACAACAGCUACUGAAAAAUGGGGAGAAUGUCGGUUACCAAGAGGGUUCAUUCGUGUUCGGGUUAUUGAAACGGAUGAACUUUAAUGAUUCAAAGCUUAAAGCGUAUAAUACUGCACAAGAAUUGGAUGAUGGUUUAUCCAAAGGCACUGCCAACGGUGGAUUUGCCGCCGCUUUUGAUGAGAUUCCAUACCUCAAGCUUUUUCUCUCACAAUAUUGUUCUAAUUACAGCAUGAUUGGCCCCACAUAUAAGACUGGUGGAUUUGGCUUUGUCUUCCCAAGAGGUUCUCCUCUAGUAAGUGAUGUUUCAAGGGCAAUCCUGAAUGUAACAGAGGGAGACAAAAUGACACAGAUUGAGAAAAUGUGGUUUGGAGAUACCAAUUGCCCAGACUCUAGCACCACUAUAACUUCAGGCAGUCUUACAGUAAAGAGCUUUUGGGGCCUAUUCCUCAUCACUGGAACCAUUUCAUUUAUAGCAUUCCUUGCAUUUUUGAUUCAUUUUUUCUGGAGGUAUCGAAAUAUGUGGAAGAAUAAUGAUCAGAAAGUUACCCUGCGGCAGAGAAUUGGCAUCAUGAUAGAGCAGUUUAUGAGGAAGGAUUUCGAAUGUUUUACUUUCAGGAAUCGUGAACUCCAAAUCCAAAAUACUCCAGAUGUCAUGGGUGCUACUAGGAGUCCCUCAGUCAUUUCCGAACACACAAAUGGGAAUUUUGAUCAAGCAACAACUUCCACUGGAACUGCUCCCCCAAGUCCAAGUAAUCCAAUAGCUGAAGAGAUAUCACCUACUAUUGAACUUAGCAAUCAAUUCAAAGAGGAACGUUCUAUUGCCGAGCAUUUAAGUUAUUUUCAGAGCUUAGUGAAUCAGUUGGCUCCAAUGAAGAUGACUUUGGAAAAUGAACUGCAAGCAUUACUACUAUUGAGCUCCUUGCUUGACACUUGGGAUACUUUUGUAGUGAACAACUCUACUCCAGAUGAUGUGUUAUCAUUGAGCAUGAUGAAAGAUAGCGUUGUUCAAUGA